AUGGCCCCUCAAAUAUGGCUACCCUCCGAACGCCCCAAAGCAGUCGGGCAAAAGGCCCUCAUUUACUACAUAUGUGGCAACCCGGGUCUUAUCGAGUACUACACCGACUUCCUCAGUAACCUACGUGGCCUGCUAGAUAAGAUGGAGAAGAACACUGCGUACGACAUAUAUGGUACCAAUUUGCUCGGAUUCAGUGACGAUGACCAUGAGCCGUUCAAUUCGAAUAACAAACCUUGGGGUCUUGAUGGACAGGUCGAGGGCAUGUACGACAAGGUCGCGGCAAAGGGAGAGGGUUACGACUUUGUGAUACUCAUGGGCCAUUCUGUUGGGUCAUUCAUCGCGGUUGAGAUUUUCCAUCGACACAUGAACAACCCAGAAAGAGCGCCGCAUCUCAAGUUACGACAUGGGUUCCUGCUGUUCCCCACGCUGACGCACCUCGCUCGUUCGUCCAACGGCGUGCAGUUCGUGUUGCUACGUCGCAUCAUUCCCUUUCUCGACACUGUCGCAUCGCUUCUCGCGCGUCUACUCCUCGGUUUACUAAGUGUAGCCAGCGUUACGUGGAUUGUGCAACGCCUUCUGGGCUUUACACACGCAAGCGCAGAUGUCACGGCGCGGUGGCUGAAGAGCAGAGAUGGUGUGUUGCAAGCAGUUCAUCUGGGGCUGACAGAGCUGGAGAUGAUCUGCGAGGAGAAUUGGAGUGAUGAGCUUUGGGCUACGGCUGGAGAAGAGAAUGGCGUGCCAAGAUUCUUUUUGUUUUAUGCAAAGAAAGAUCAUUGGGUUCAUGAUGCAGAGAGGAAAGGCAUUACGGAGAGAAGAGGGCAUAUGGCAAGGAUCGCGGUUGAUGAGGGGGAUAUCCCACAUGCAUUCUGCACGAGACAAGGUUCAGAUGCAAGUUUGGAGGUUGCGAGGAAAGUAUGCGAGUGGGUUAAGGAAAUCGACGGACACGAAAGCGAAUGA